AUGAUGUCACUGCAACUGAAGCAGACAACCAAUGGGGCAACAUUGAGAAUGGUAACUUUAAACUUUGGAAAGAACAAGCUGCAGAAACAGUGCGUCGCCAAUGACAUCGUUAACACAAAGAAGGAACCAGAGGAAAAGGUUUUUACACAGCCAACUACAACAAAGGAGUGUUACCAUGGCGCUAAGCCUUAUAUUCCUAUUGUUCCAAUGACAAAGCUCAGGUCUCAUACAGAUACAGUAGAGGGGUAA